UUCCAAUAUGGCGGCUUUUUUCAAUACCUUUCGGCUGGCCUUCGAGAGAUGAUUGUAUUCCUUUUCUUGAUACACGCACAAAUUGACCAAAUCCUGAUCAGUUCAAUUACUUGAAAACUGUAUUAUUUUUUGGGUGUUUUUGUUCGUAUCAAAUUUGGAUUACAGUGAAGAUUUACUGGCUUGACGGUUGGGAAGCAAAGAAGUGUGUAGUGUACUCACUGUACUGCCAGUGGUUGGAAAGUGCUUGAAUUCCUCAGUUAACACAUACAAUGGGGUCUGAUAGCAGAAAAAGACGACGCUCGCGUGAUAGAAGUCGUUCACGAAGUAAAGAUCGUAGUCAAAGAUUAAGUCGUCGGAAGGACAAAACACAUCGAAGACGCAGACACUCCAGUUCAUCUAGUUCAUCCAGUUCUUCAGAUCGUGGACGAAAUAGGAGUCGGGAAAGAUCCAGACGAUCAAGAAGUAAAGACAGAAACAAAAGGAGUAAACGCUCUAGAAGUCGUAGCGCUGAUAAAAGAAAAAGAACAAGUAAUAAAGACGAAACAAAAUCCUCAAAGACCAGCAGGGAUAAAAGGAAAGAUGAAUCUGAAAGUACAUCGAAGAAAACUAAGAGCGACGAGAAAAAAGAUGAGUCCAAAAAAGAAACAACAGACAAGGACUACGAACAAAACAAACUUGAGGAGGAAAUGAGAAAGAGGAAAGAAAGGAUUGAGAACUGGCGAAAACAAAGAAAAGCGGAAACUCUUGAAAAAGAGGCAGCUGACAAGGAAAGUAUGGAUCCAAAUAGAAAGGAAUGGACAUUAGAAGACGAUGAAGAAGAUGAUGCUGAAGAUGUUAACCCAGAAAAUGGAGAUACUACCAAUGAAAACUCCACGGUCACACAGGAUGAAGACAUUGAUCCACUAGACGCAUUUAUGAUUCAAGUUGACCAGCAGGUUUCUAAGCAGAAACAAGACGAUGAUAAACGUAAAGGGAUUAAAAAGUCAGAGAAAGGAAAAGCAACUGUCAUUACUACUGUUGUUAAGAAAAAAAAUGUCGUCGAGACAGACACACUCAAGAAAGCUGCUAAAGGCGAAUUAAUGGCUAACGACCAGGAUGCGAUGGAGUAUUCUUCAGAAGAGGAAGAGGAAGAUGUGUUAGCUGAUCCGAAUAAUAUAGGCUACAAAACAAAACCGAAAAAGGAGUUAGCUGCAGUUGAUCAUUCUAAAGUGUAUUAUCAACCUUUUAGAAAGAACUUUUAUGUCGAAGUUCCUGAACUUGCAAAGCUCACACCUGAAGAGGUUGAGGUGAUUCUGCAAGAUCUCGAGAAUAUAAAAGUGAAAGGCAAAAAUGCUCCAAAGCCAAUAAAGUCGUGGGCUCAGGCUGGAUUAAGUCUAAAGAUAAUGGACGUUCUUAAAAAAUGCAACUAUGAAAAGCCUACUCCAAUACAAGCUCAAGCUAUUCCUUGUGUAAUGUCGGGACGAGAUAUGAUAGGUAUUGCUAAAACAGGCAGUGGUAAGACAUUGGCAUUUUUGAUUCCAAUGUUACGCCAUGUUCUGGAUCAGCCCAGUCUGGACAGAGAUGACGGUCCUAUUGCAAUAAUAAUGACACCAACAAGAGAGUUGGCGUUGCAGAUUCACAGGGAAGCGAAGAAGUUCUGUAAACCUCUUGCACUUCAAGUUACAUGUGUUUAUGGAGGGACUGGCAUUAGUGAACAAAUUGCGGAUCUGAAGAGAGGCGCCGAGGUCAUUGUUUGCACACCUGGACGAAUGAUUGACAUGCUUACGGCCAAUAACGGUCGUGUCACGAACUGUCGCAGAUGCACAUACCUUGUUUUGGACGAAGCCGAUAGGAUGUUUGACAUGGGUUUUGAGCCUCAAGUCAAUAAGAUAUUGGACUGCAUUCGUCCAGAUCGACAGACAGUGUUAUUCUCUGCGACAUUUCCAAGGCAGAUGGAAGCUUUAGCAAGAAAAAUUCUUACCAAACCAGUUGAGGUUCAAGUUGGUGGCAGAAGUGUUGUAUGUUCCGAUGUUGAGCAACACGUGGUUAUUAUUGAAGAUGACGAUAAAUUCCUAAAAUUAUUGGAAUUACUUGGUAUUUAUCAAGAACAAGGGAGUGUGUUAGUGUUUGUAGAGAAACAAGAGUCGGCGGAUUCGUUACUAAAGGAUUUAUUAAAGAGAUCGUAUCCAUGUCUUUCGCUUCACGGAGGUAUGGACCAAUUCGAUCGAGACAGUACUAUCGCUGAUUUCAAGAAUAACACUAUAAAGUUGAUGGUUGCCACCUCUGUCGCAGCCCGUGGUCUUGAUGUUAAGCAGUUAGUACUAGUGGUUAAUUUUGAUUGUCCUAAUCACUACGAGGAUUAUGUUCAUAGAUGCGGCCGCACCGGACGUGCUGGUAAUAAAGGAACCGCAUUUACAUUCAUCACACCAGAGCAAGGAAAAUUUUCAUCAGAUAUAAUUAAGGCGCUAGAACUGUCUGGAGCGGACGUACCUGGCGAUUUGAAAACAUUACUAGAAGUAUAUAAAGAACAAAGGAAAGCGGAAGGAAAAGGCAUUGUGAGGAAUAGCGGAUUUUCUGGAAAAGGAUUUAAAUUCGACGAGGCUGAAAAGAACCAGGUUAAUGAAGCCAAGAAAAUGCAAAAAUGGGCACUAGGUCUGCAGGAUUCGGAUGACGAGGCUGAAGCAGCGGAUCAAGCUGCUGACCAGAUUGAUAAAGACAUUGCGAAGGCCUUCAGCAAUAAACCAACCUUAAAAAAAGCGGGUAUAGUAGUUGCUCCUGUUGUCCCUGGAGGUAAUCAACCUGAAGCCAUUAAAGGCGCUCAAAAAGCAAAACUGAAUCUUGCUGCAAGUAUAGCUGCAAAGAUCAACGAAAAGAUCAGUUCAGGAAAUAACCUUGACAUGACACAGCAAGCUACUAGUAAGAUCAUGAAAGGUGAAGCUGUUAGCAAAAUGUCUGGACUUGGUUUAGCGAAACAACUGGCAGAAAAGGUGAACAGCAAGCUGAACUACAUACCAGCAGAACCUGAAAAAGAAGAAGAAACCACAUCAACAGAUGAUCGCUAUGAAGACGAAAUUGAGAUAAACUCUUUUCCACAACAAGCACGAUGGAAGAUCACAUCAAAGGACACGCUUUCGCAAAUCACCGAGUAUUCCGAGGCAGCCGUAACAGUGCGAGGAACCUACAUUGGUCCAGGAGGCCAACUGGAUGAGGGAGACAGAAAAAUUUAUUUAUAUAUCGAAGGACCUACCGAGCGGUCAGUUCAAAUAGCGAAAUUGGAAAUCAAACGAGUACUGAAAGAGGAACUGCUUCGUCAGAGUACAUACCACGCACCGCAGCCAACUGGGCGGUAUAAGGUCCUAUGAAAGAGAACAACGGCAUGAUAGUCAGUCUGAUGUUAGAGCAAUAAAAUAUCGUCAGUUUGAUUUUCUUGGUACUUUACUGAGUGAACAAUAUCAUCGAACGGUACGAACAAUAUGAUGGGCAAACAUCAAUCAAUAGUCAAACUGUGAAUUCAUGCGUGUGGGUUUUAAAGAGUUAGGUCUACGUACAUAAUGAAAUAUUACACAUAUUUGAGGAUCACAAUGAUUUAUGGAGUGGCAUUUUUUCCUCGCUUGUAUGACUCCGUUAGAUUUAACAAUUGUCGUUGUACAAUUGUAACAAAUGUAACGUUGUCAUUGUAUUUUUACCCUUUGCACACACGCAAGUAUCUCUAAAGUAGAUUAAUUUGAUUAUUCAACGGUCGAUAAUGUUGAACUGUUGUAAUAGAUAAAAAGAUCUGCGUUCAUCUGUAAAUAUAGUUUCAAUAAAUA